AUGAGCGCUGUGGAGCAGCUCUUAGGAGGCGGCUACCACCAGCACUUCGUGGGCCACGGGGAUGCCUCUGCCAGCCACAAGAUGGGUCUUACCACUGCCACAGAAACUGGCAACUUGGCAGUCCCAGACUAUUCAGGACAAAGAGAACUGGCUAGAAAGACAGAGAGAGAAAGCAAGAGACCACAAUCCCGGGAAAGUCCUGGAGUGCCUCCGCGCAAUUAUAAAAAUGUGGCCCCGGGGUCCGCCCAGCAGCAUCCGCCCUCACCUGCUGUGCCCACUGGCCCGCGUCCAGCCGCCCGCUCGGUGUCCGCGCCCCACCCCGGCUCAGCAUGCGAUCCCUACGCGGUGAGCCUGCUCCUUCUGGUGUCUGCCCUGGUCCUCUUGAGCCACGUCAGCCUGGCCAGGAACCUGCCCGUGGCCUCACCAGGGCUGGGGAUGUUCCAGUGCCUUAACCACUCCCAGAAUCUACUGAGAGCUGUCAGCAGCACGCUGCACAAGGCCAGACAAACUCUAGAAUUUUACUCCUGCACUCCUGAAGAGAUUGACCAUGAAGAUAUCACAAAAGAUAAGACCAGCACAGUGAAGGCCUGUUUACCACUGGAGUUAGUCAAGAAUGAGAGUUGCCUGGCUUCCAGAGAGGCCUCUUUAAUAACUAAUGGGAGCUGCCUAUCUUCUGGAAGGACGUCCUCUAUGGUGAGCCUGUGCCUCAGCAGUAUCUAUGAGGACUUGAGGAUGUACCAGAUGGAGUUCAUGGCCAUGAAUGCAAAGCUUUUGGUGGAUCCUAACAGACAGAUCUCUCUAGAUCAGAACAUGCUGGGAGCUAUGGAUGAGCUGAUGCAGGCCUUGAAUUCCAACAGUGAAGCUGCGCCACCAACCCCCUCCCUUGAAGAACUGGAUUUUUACAAAACCAAAAUCAAACUCUGCAUCCUUCUGCAUGCUUUCAGGAUCCGUGCUGUGACUAUUGACAGAAUGAUGAGCUACCUAAAUUCUUCUUAAAAAUCCCCCUAAAUCCUUUUUUAUCAAAAUUAGAACCAAAGAAAUUGGAAUAGUGUGCGGGUGAAGAGUUGGGGG